AUGGCUGGGCUGCAGCGCUGGGGCAGAGGCUCCCUCCUCUUCCUCUCCUUGUUGGGCCUGCUCGGCUGCUGGGGGCCGGUGGCCUCUCGCCGAGCCCCCCGGCCGCCCCCCUGCCCCCCCAGCUGCUCCUGCACCCGCGACACGGCUUUCUGCGUGGACUCCAAGGCAGUGCCAAAGAACCUGGCACGGGACGUCAUCUCUCUGACCCUGAUCAAUGCAGGCUUCAGCGAGUUGAAGGAAGCGGCCUUCGCACAUCUUCCGUCCCUGCAGUUCCUGUUGCUGAAUUCCAACAAAUUUUCCUUGAUCAAAGACAACACGUUCACCGGCCUUUCUCACCUGCAAUACCUGUUCAUCGAGAACAAUGACAUCCAGUCUCUGUCAAAAAAUGCCUUUCGUGGGCUUAAGUCCCUGACACAUCUAUCUUUGGCCAACAACAACCUGCAGACGCUGCCCAGAGAUCUCCUGAAGCCUUUGGAUAUCCUUAGUGAUCUAGACCUUCGGGGCAAUUCUUUGACUUGUGAUUGCAAGAUCAAAUGGCUGGUGGAAUGGAUGGAAAACACCAACGCAAGCAUGCCUGCCAUUUUCUGUGGUGGUCCUCCUCAGUACCAAGGCCAGAAGAUCAGAGAGCUUCCUCUAAAGAACUUCGACUGUAUCACCACAGAUUUCGUGGUGCAUCAGGUGCUGCCUUUCCAGUCUGUGUCUGCUGAGCCAUUCAUGUACUCCAGCGAUCUCUAUGUGGCUCUGGCCCAGCCAAGUUCCAGCAGCUGUACCAUCCUGAAGUGGGACUACGUUGAGCGCAAACUGCGGGAUUUUGACCGCAUCCCUGCUCACUCUGCCGUUUACUGCAAACCAAUCGUGGUAGAAUCCCAGCUGUACGUUGUGGUGGCUCAGCUUUUUGGAGGCUCUUAUAUUUACCGCUGGGACACCAACAUUGACAAGUUCAUUAAGAUCCAAGAUAUAGACAGCCAGAAGAUCCGGAAGCCCAAUGACAUUGAGGCUUUCCAGAUUGACGGCGAGUGGUUCUUCGUCAUUGCCGACAGCUCCAAGGCAGGCUCCACCAGCCUCUAUCGCUGGAACCAGAAUGGCUUCUAUCCCCACCAGGACCUGCACUCAUGGCAUCGGGACACGGACGUGGAGUACCUAGAGGUGGAUGGGAAACCCCGGCUGAUCAUUUCCAGCAGCUCCCAGGCCCCGAUCAUCUACCAGUGGAAUCGCUCCCAGAAGCAGUUUGCUCACUGGGGGGACGUCGCAGAAGUGCUGGAUGUCCAGAUGGUCAAGCAUUUCCAGAUGAAGAGAGACAACUACUUAUGCCUGAGCCGUUACAUUGGAGACUCCAAGGUGGUCAGGUGGGAAGGGCUGCGAUUCACAGAGGUGCAGACCUUGCCCUCCCGAGGCUCCAUGGUAAUGGAGCCUUUCAAGAUCUCUCAGCAACUUUACAUGGCUUUGGGGAGUGACUUCUCCUUUACCCACAUCUACCUUUGGGAUGAAGACAAGCAAAAGUUUGUGAAGUUCCAGGAACUCUCUGUCCAAGCUCCACGGGCUUUCCAGUCCAUCCCUUUGGAGGCCAUGAGUGUCCUCUUAGCCCCCAGCUUCAAGGGGAACACACUGGUUUACAAGCAUAUUGUCGUAGACCUCAGCUUGUAG